AGUACUACUGUAACUUGUACUAAUAACACAGUUUAAAACCACAAUAAUUUUGCUAAAGCAUCUAGAUGUCCUCUAAGAGUAACUCCAAUAGCUUCCGUUUCCAAAAAACACUUCCAUUUACGGAAAGUUAUGGUAAAAAAAGCCUCUGCAAUUUUUUUACAGGAUUUCAUAGAAACACCUCCUCCGUCCUUUAAGUUUGCGGGAAGAUGAUCUUCUCAUAUAAUUAUGGCGGUGGAUAAUAGGGUCAUAUUUUAUGAGCAGAAGUUUUACGGGAACGGUAAAAUGCACUCCCUCCUGUUAUGGGACUGAGGGAGUAGGUGUUAGAAAACUUUUCCUAGAUUAUAGGGUCAUCCUGGAAGAAGAUUUGUACAGGAGCUCUUGGAGUUGCUCUAAGUAUUGCAUAUCCUAUAUCAAUGAUUUUUCGCGAAGAUUUAUGAGGAUAUUCUUUUUCUUUUUAUGUUUGAUCGAGUCACUUAAUGUGUAAUAACUAGGGUAAAUGUAGAUCUGUCCUAGACAGACCCAAAGUGCAAUAUUUGAAUUAGAUGUGGUACAGUUAUAGAUGUAAUUUGGCAGAUUAAAGGUCUGGUCCUGGAUUGGUUUGUUUGAAAUGUCAUUAUACUCUUGAUGUACCCGAUGUUGGUAAGAUAUUACAGUGGACUGUGACGAGGCUGCAUCAACGAUCGUACAACUUUUGUCGUACCUGAAGCAGCACUCAUGCAAUACACUAGCUAGUUGUUCGUUUGUCCCUGUUGCACUAGUGCGAUCUAGUACUUCUGCUAACGCCAAACCCCACCUCCACCUUGUACUUAUCAAGAUCGUAUAUCUUGCGUGUCGCAUAUAUCUAUCGAUUCAGUCCAUCGUUUUUUUUCUUCUUACGGUGCUAUUGCGCAAAACGCCAAGUAAAUGUUUCCAUUUCUAAUUUGCUUCAAAGCUAAAUUUGUUCAAAGUGUUAAAAGAAGAUACUGAUUUUUUUCACUUCUCUCCCUUCUCUCUUUGUCUCCUAAAUAAUUCAGUGUGCAAAGAUGUUGAGAAGAGAACCAUGAAUAUCGAUUUUGUAGGUCACCAAGGACGUCUGCCCAGUCAUCUUCCAUGACAACUUCAUCAUUACUGAAGAACAUGGCAAAAUUUCAGAGAAGCGUGUCACUGAUCUUCAGUUGGAAGAUUUCCUCCAGUAUGGCCCACAAAACAAGCAAGGCAAGAAUGGGAAGCCUUUGCUGCGGAAAAUGAAGGACGGUCGGGUGUUGAAUUGGAACGUCCAGUCAGAUGAUCCUCUUUGCACCCUUCAAGAAGCAUUCGAGAAGGUCAAUCCAAGAUUGGGCUUCAAUGUCGAGCUGAAAUUCGAUGACAAUCUUGUGUACCAAGAUGAGGAGCUUACUCACAUCCUCCAGGCCAUCCUCAAGGUGGUCUUCGAGUGUGCCAAGGAUAGGCCCAUCAUUUUUUCUAGCUUCCAGCCCGAUGCUGCGCAGCUCAUGCGAAAACUGCAGAGCACAUACCCUGUGUACUUCUUAACGAACGGAGGGACGGAAAUCUACGCCGACGUGAGGAGGAACUCGUUGGAAGAGGCGGUCAAGCUGUGCCUUGCCAGCGGCAUGCAAGGGAUCGUGUCCGAGGCCCGCGCCGUCUUCAGGUUCCCGACCGCUAUACCCAAGAUCAAGGAGGCUGACCUCUCCCUACUAACUUACGGCACUCUCAAUAACGUGCCGGAGGCGGUGUACAUGCAGCACCUGAUGGGGGUGAACGGGGUCAUCGUCGACCUCGUGCCGGAGAUCACUGGGGCUGUCUCUGAUCUCAUCGCCCUCCCGGAGACCGAUACAGAGAUCAAUGAUCUGAGCGGCAAGGUGGUGAAAGAUGCCGCAUCGACGCCGAAUUUCACACAGCGGGAGAUCUCGUUCCUGCUGAGGCUGAUGCCAGAGCUUGUGCAAUAGCACAGAUUGCACACCAUUAACUCAUGGCUUUGGAUGUAACUGAUUGAUUGGCAUGCAGGACAGGAGGAGCCCCUUGUGGAGGAAAGCACAGGUUUACAUACUGGGUUGGUGUGAUGUCCUUCGGUGAGCCCUGGUACUGGGAGAGUUGGGGAUUGAUAUGAUAUGUACAUGUUGUAGUGUGGGUGGCGAAAUUUUUGGAUAUACAUGUUGUAGUGAAUGUCACCGUCACAAUGGACCGUGUUACUAAACUAAUACAUGAUCCUGGGUCUGGUAUCCAGCAUUUUCGAUCAA